AAUUUUGCAGUGCGUGUUUUUGAAACAAAAAUGCAUAAAGGAAUAGCUACGUCCAAGAAUGCAUGUUUAUUAGAUAGAAAGGAAAGGGGAAAAAAUGGAGGAUUCAAUUAACAAUAUUUUUGGACAAAAGAAAAAUAGUCCCCCAGAUUUGAUCAUUUUGACCCUUGUCAUCAAAUCUUCUCACAUAUUUCCAGAUAAUCACAAGAGGCCCAUCUUUUGCAGGCUCUGAUUUGUAAAAGUCCACUUGGAAACUGUUCUAUAAAUAUUCUUUUACUCCAGCUUUUUUUUUUAUUUAUAAAAAACAACAACUCAAAAACCUCCGUUCAGGGAAACUCGGAUGUCCUGCAGCAAGAGAAUUGCCACGAAUUAAAUGAGGUAUAUAAAAAUUGAUGUGGCUUUCCAAAUUACAUAAUUAACCAAAGGAACUGACUCGGAAAACUAUACAAAAAGGAAAAAAAUAUAUAUAUAGAAAAGAAGCUGCAGACAAAUGAAAGGAUUCCCUACUGUUUAAUAAAGAAGCCCAUUACUUUUCUGAAAAAAAAGGCAAUUCGCUUUUUAAGGGGUGAAAUUGUAGUUCCCGCAUAUUGUCGUCCGGGUAUUUGAAGUCAUUUGGCUGCUUUUUCUAUCGUUUCAUAAUCUGAGAAACAAGAGAUGUGGAGGGUUUUGUGUGCGUGUGUGUGUGUGGUUUUUUUUAAAAAUCAGAGUUGGGUAUUCACAGCUCCUGCAAGAUGAUUGAAUAGCAGUUGGGAUGGUUAAUGGACCUGAAACGGAAAUUAGAAGCUGCUUCACGGAUGUAAAAUUGAAAGGGUGGUUGGUAAUUAAGCAACUCUUAUAAAACUCCCGGAGACAUUAAAACUUGGAUGGGAUGUGGAAAUGCACAAUGCAACAAAGGAAUUGCCUGCAAUGAAGAGGGAAAUAGCCUCUCCACUUUGGAGAGAGGGCGAUCUUCAAUUGGCAUGGUUGGAAAUGCAGCAGGAUAGUUCUUAAAAAUCUGAAUCGCAACCUCCAUUUCUUUCCAAGAGAAAUGUGGCAUAGCAGGCUCUGUGAAAAGCAACCCGUUAGAUUUGGGGUUUUUUAAAAAAAACAAACAAACAAACCAUGGUUAACAACGCUGAUGCUUAGCAUCUGUGUGUGAAUCGAAGUUAGUUCUCUUUGCAAAAGAUUUGACCUAAAAUGUUGUCAUUGCAGGAGCACACAUUUAAAAGGAAAUAAAAGGAAAGCAACAUCCAGCCUUAACAGGGAUGCUAUGCCUCUUCCUAAGAAUCGGUUUUCUUGAAUCUUGGUGAAGCUGCCUUAUUCCAGGAACUCAGCAACAAAGCCCAAAUCCAGGGUAAUAAAAUCAUGGUAGCAGCAGGAAUUAACCCUGAUGUGGAGAGACACAAACAAUGGACGGACCAACUCCUGAACCUGCCUUUGUCGAUGUGGAUAAAGGACUAACUUUGGCGUGCUUUGUCUUCCUUUGCCUUUUCCUCAUCGUCAUGAUUAUCCGCUGUGCCAAAGUGAUCAUGGACCCUUAUAGUGCCAUCCCAACCUCCACGUGGGAGGAACAGCACCUGGAUGACUGACCAACCCAAGGGCUUGGGGGGAAAAGGUGCCCCCCCCCAAGCCCUCUGCACCUUGGACCAACCAUGGACUUGGCGCAAGAAAGCACAUUAAGCAGCCACCUUAUCAGGAUGAAAGCACUAAACAGGACUCCUCUUCACACCAAGAUGCUUACGGCAACGGAGAAGUUUUGAGAGCACAUUGAUUAAAGCUCUGCCUGCAGAUCUACUUGAAUUCUACACUUUGUCCUUCUGAUCUAUUGCUACACUCUCUCUCUCUCUCUCUUCCAGGUUUUCAUGAGAAGGGAACUACGACGGUUCUAUUACAUCAAGUAGCACAAAAUGCUCUUUAGAUACUAGGACUCUCUUUCAAAGCUUCCUCUAGAGCAAUCUGUACUUAGCAACGUUGGCUGCAUUUAAAUCCAAUGUGUACAGCUUUAUCCAGGCUGCUUAGCAUUUGAGUAGGGCCUGGGGGGCAAACGGUGUAUGGGAGUCCCCAAAAAAGAAUUGUUUGUGGGUUCAUGUCAAUUUAGUAUUGAUGAGAUUAUAUUAAUUAGAUCCAGCUAGUAUGCUUACUCUCUGUGUAUCUUCCAUAGAAUUAAAGACCAGUAGCAAUAAUUGAAAACUCUCUUUUGCCACUUUCAAAGAUAUACAGGCUCAGGUUAUGUGCCUACGAUUUAAGUCAUUAUUUCAAGUGAAACCAUAAAGAUUUCAGUCGUUAUUUCAAAUGAAACCGUAAAGAUUUCAGUCCUUAUUUCAAGUGAAACCGUAAAGAUUUCAGUCGUUAUUUCAAGUGAAAACAUAAAGAUUUCAGUCCUUAUUUCAAGUGAAACCGUAAAGAUUUCAGUCCUUAUUUCAAGUGAAACCGUAAAGAUUUCAGUCGUUAUUUCAAGUGAAACCGUAAAGAUUUCAGUCGUUAUUUCAAGUGAAACCAUAAAGAUUUCAGUCAUUAUUGAGCACUGCCCUCUAGAGUCAGGAACGACUAGCACAUAUGUGCGAGGGGAAUCUUUACCUUAACUUAUGGAGAUUCUCAAACCAGGUCAUGGUUGCCCCAAAAGUGGCUUUUUCAAAAGGCCACUAGACUUCCUUUGUUUUUCCUUGGAGUUGUUUCACUGCUGAUCCAAGAAGCUUCUUCAGUUGGAUGAGAAGCGAAACGUCUUCAAGGAAAAACUAAGAAAGUCCAGUUGCCUUUUGAAAAA